GGGGUUCCGCGCAUGGCCGGAAGUGCCCCGGCGGGGUCUCGAGCCUGGUUCAGCCGCUGCUGGGGUAGCUAGCGGGCUGACCGCGCGCUUGUCGGGCGGUAGGAAGAACGGUAGCCUAGGAGACCCCGGAGCGUGCACGCCCACGCGCCUGCGGAGAGGCAAAAUCUAAGCGCGCUACGUUUGCAAACUCAACUGACCUGGAUUUGAGGCCUGCCCCUUCCCCCUUCCAGCUGUGUGACCUUGGGCUGGUCACUGGCUUCUUUAUGGCCCUAAAAUGAGGUCUCACCCGAUCCCGAAGGACCCUUUGGACGUCAGCAUCCUUUGAUCCUAGAGCUGACCGGAGUGUUCCACGGUUCUUCGGGACCAAGGUGGGAGAAUCAGGGAAAAGAGCAUUUUCUGAAUUAGCUGCUAAACCUCCUGAAUUAGCGAGAAUUCAGGGUUCCAGGGAGGGCACUCUUCUCUCCGCCAUCCAGAGACUGCCAGGUGGCAGCGAUAUUAGCGCACUCGCCCCCAAUGCGGGAAGAAGCUCUGCCUUCUCAGGACUCUGUCCAUUCCGAAAAAGGGAGACUAGGAGAUGAGGGUAUGGCUGGUGUGCUUUUGUCAGCUAGGUCCCAGGACCAUGUGGGAGUGGGAGCCUUGAAUGGAUAGAAAUAUUUGGUGUUUCAGGAAUCUGUGGCAUUUAAAGAUGUGGUCAUAGAUUUUACUCAGGAGGAGUGGAGACAACUAGACCUUCCUCAGAAAGAUCUGUACAAGGACCCGAUAUUGGAGAAGUAUAGCAAUCUGAUUUUGCUGGGGCUUCCAAUUUCUAAGCCUGAUGGGAACUCUGAGCAAGAAGACUCAUGGAUACCCAGGAAAGAAGUUUCAGGAAGCAUCUGUUCAAAUUGGGAGAUGGUACCUAAGUCCAAAGAAUCACCUCCAAAUCCUGAAUUUUUUAAAGAUAACUCAACUGCACUUGAAGAAACAAUAAUGGAAACAUUACCAAGAAUUGGUCCAGAGGAUCCCACAUUUCAAGAGACCUGGGAAUGUGAUGGCAAACUAGAGAAGCAGCAGGAAAACCAAGAGAGGGAUUUAAGGCAAGUAAAAAUCACCCACAAGAAACCUUCCUCUGGAGAGAGAGAUCAUGAAGGUAGUGAACUUGGGAGGAACUUUGGCCAUAGGUCAGUUCUUAUUACACAACAGAGAGUUUCUAUAGGAAAAAGUCUACUUAAGUGUAAUACACAUAGAAAGAAUUCAGACCCACUUAAACAUUAUAAGAUACAUGCCAGAGAAAAGCCCUACACUUGUAAUGAUUGUGGAAAAGGCUUCAGUUACUGCUCAUCUCUUUCUCAGCAUCAGAAAAGUCAUACUGGAGAGAAACCAUAUGAAUGUAAUGAAUGUGGAAAAGCCUUCAGCCAGAGCUCAUCCCUUGUUCAGCAUCAAAGAAUUCAUACUGGAGAGAAGCCUUAUAAAUGUAAUGAAUGUGGAAAAGCUUUCAGUCAGAAUGCAAAUCUCACAAAACAUCAGAGAACUCAUACUGGAGAGAAACCCUAUAAAUGUAAUGAAUGUGAGAGAGCUUUCAGUGACUGCUCAGCUCUUAUUCAGCAUCAGAGAAUUCAUACUGGAGAAAAACCCUAUGAAUGUAAUGAAUGUGGAAAAGCCUUCCGCCACAGUGCAAAUCUCACAAACCAUCAAAGAACUCACACUGGAGAAAAACCCUAUAAAUGUAUUCAGUGUGGAAAAUCCUUUGGUUAUUGUGCAGCCUUUAUUCAGCAUCAGAGAAUUCACACUGGAGAGAAGCCCUAUAAAUGUAAUGAAUGUGGAAAAGCCUUCAGUCAGAGUGCAAAUCUCACAAACCAUCAGAGAAUUCAUACUGGGGAGAAACCCUAUAAGUGUAAUGAAUGUGGGAAAGACUUUAGCCAGAGUACAAACCUCAUAAUCCAUCAAAAAAUUCAUACUGGAGAGAAACCUUAUGAAUGUAAUGAAUGUGGGAAAGCCUUCAGUGAUAGCUCAGCCCUUAUUAGACAUCAUGUCAUUCAUACUGGAGAAAAACCGUAUGAAUGUAAUGAAUGUGGGAAAGCUUUCAAUCAGAGCUCGUCACUUACUCAACAUCAGAGAACUCAUACUGGAGAGAAACCUUAUAAAUGUAAAGAGUGUGGGAAAGCUUUUAGGUGUAGUUCAGCCUUCAUCAGACAUCAAAGACUUCAUACUGGAGAGUAAACACAAAACUAUAAUGAAAGGAGGGAAUUUCUCAGUCACAUGUUUUUCCUUUUUUUUUUAAACUGUGGUCAGUUGUUAGGCAGAAGAGACUAUAAGGCUACUUGAGGUCAGGCUAUUGUUACAAAUUGUUUCCUUUUAUAACACGGUAGGCCAGGACUACAAUCAGAAGACUUGAAUAAAUGCUCAUUGAUUUAAUAAGUGUUUGUCGAUUCAGUGAUUGAGAUGAUUAAUGUAAAUCUUCCAAGUGUAAGACCUUGCCUUAUUUUUCUUAGAAAAUUCUAAUUGAUUUAAUAGUUAGUAGUAUAGGAAGUAGAAAUGGGACUUUGCUUUGCUCUAAGAUUAUUUCCUUUAGACAAAGCGGCUUAAAUUUCAGGCCUCAUCCUGGGAGUUUCAGUAUAAGUCUAUCUCAGAAUAUUAGGGACAACAUUUUUUGAAACCUCUAAUGCCAAUUAUAUGGGGAAAAGAUUCUAUGAUUUCUUAUUAAAUGUCAGUUACAUAUAAGCUUCAUUCCUUUCAUAAUGAGUCUAGACAGAAAAGAAUAGAAGGUCAUGCAAAAGCCAAAUCUCAGAACCAGAUUUAGCCACAACUCCAUUAGAAUAGGUUGGAUUUUGGAGGGGAGGUACUCAUUACUGAUUCCCUUUAGCCCUUUUGGGGCCCUUAUUAGUUACUUCCAUGUGUGAUUAACACAUGUGAGCUGGGUAAACAUUUAUUAUAUUGUCAUGCCAAAUUAUGUAAAAUGGUCAUCCCUUGUGUUAUGGGAGCCAUCUGCUAGUGGCUUCUGGGGAUCUAACUGACCAGCAGAACAGAUCCCUUCAUGUAAGAGGAUGAUCAAGAUACAAGAAGACUGAGAAGCAGGUGCAUUCUCUGACCUCUCUUCUCUUCCCUCUUCCCUCCAAUUUAUUUCAUUCCCAAUUCACAAGCAACAUCUGUGUCAGGUAAAGGCUGACUUGAAAUUCCUUAUGAUUCACAGCUGUGGGGGCUUUUAGAGAAUCAAUCUGCCCCUUAAUACUUAGACAUGGUCCUUAAUACCUUGUACUUUUUUUGUAUUUGAUAUCAGAACUAAUGAUACUAAAUAUUCUCCUUUUUUCUACUU